AAUAAAUUCGAUACAAUAAUAGUACGACUUCCAACAUUCUUCUCAACAAAAUGUCUACCCUCAAGACCAUUGGAACGGUGGCUAUAAUGGUAGCAUGUUUUGCUGUCAUUUAUCCUCGAUUUAUGCAUCCUUUGAUAUUGAGAGCGUUUGGUCUUAAUGACCCUCCUAAUAAACAUGUCGAAGAAAACACGAUGUACCCUCCGGGGUUCAACAAGGGUCACAGACCUCCGGGUGACAAGAAGGCGGACUCUGUCACGGAGGAUAUUAAGAGACAUAUGAGGCACGGGCCUCACCCAGGCAUGAGGGCGGCGGCAGAGAUGCAGCGACAGCAGAGCCAGCAAGGGUCGGGCCGGGGUAUGAUGGGAGUUGUCCUGCCCAUGUACGCCAUCGGCAUCGUGCUCUAUCUCGUCUACACUUUGUUCAAGGUCUUCAACAAGUCCAAGAAGACCAACAACAACAACAGUUCCAACAGUACCGUUUCUCCGUGGGCCGCACAGGGACCCACCUCGUAUUCGCGUCGCGGGGAGAGCUCCCACGACCGUAUGGGUUUCCCCGCAGACUUUGACGGCAGCAGCGACGUGCGGAGCUUCCUGCAGGACCGACAGCAGCGGAAGGAUCUGGAAGAUCUGCUGACCCGCGUCGAUGACAAAAAUGUCUCGGUGGAGGAGAUGCGCAUCCUGCAGCGCCGCCUGGAGGAGACGGAGGCCCAGAUGACCCGCAUCCUUCAGGCCAUGCAGUCGGUGCAGUCCAACGUGGAUCACAUGGCCGGGCCCGAGAUGACCGACGGCAUGGCCGCUGCAACUGAUGAUGCUGAUGCUGCUGCCCCCAACGCUCCGCAGACCAAGAGUAAUGAUUCCAGCCCAGACAUGGACAGCUAUGAAGUCGUUGACAAGAACGAGGAUGGAAAGAAGGUAGAAGGAGAUGAGGAAGGAAGCAUGCCUGUGACAAAGAAGAAGCAAGAGGCAAGAGGAGGGGAGGAAGUAAAGGAAGGUGGAGAGGAGAAGAAGGAAGGCAAACGUGAAGUGAAUUUAGAUGGCAUUGACAGUGAAGAGGAGGAGGAGGAGUCUGGUGAGAAGAAUGAUGAACGCGAUGCCGAUGAGGAGGAAGAGGAAGAGGCUGUUGUUGAGGAGGAAAGCUCAGAGAGGAAAAUUCCAGAAAUGAAGGAGGAAGAAGAAGAUACCUCUGUGAGGCAGAGAAAAAUGAACGCAGAGGAUUAAUGUUGACGAGAAUUCAAUGGACGCUGACGUGACGUGAUGUAAUGCAAUAUGUGUUGAGUCGAAGGAGCUCUCUCUCUUUCCAUCUCUCUCCCUUUCUCCUUUCUCCUUUCUUCCCCCCCCCCCUCUUUUCUCUCUC